AUGAUUCCGCAAUUGGAGUAAUUAUGUGAUGGGUACAAUGAAUUGGACAAGAUUGAAACCCUCAAAAAACACUACAACUAUUACAAACAACUAGACCAAGCACCAAUAAAAAAAUAACACAAUGACAAGGAGAACUUUAUUAGGCAAAUAGCAUCUGAGUAUCUCAAUACUCAAUUUAAAUCAGAAGACAAUCUAAAAUUAAACAUGAUCAUCCAAUCCCUGGAUGAGGAAAAGCAAAUCAUGAUCAAAAGACAACAAUUACUCCCCAAAAAUAUAGAGUAUGAUUUAGUAAACUAGAUUAUUAAUCUAUUGGAUAAGUUAAAAUAAUUAUACAACGACAAACUAGAAUUACAAUAUCAAAAUCAAAAUCAACUCAAUAUCAUCAGCAACCUCUUAAAUUAAGUUUAUAAUCUUAAUAAGGAGUUCACCAUCAAAAUGCAAGAAUUAUCCAAAUAUAACAAUCAAAUACCCAAUGAAAGAGAGAUACAAUUACAAUAAGAGAAUGACAAGUUAAAAGUUGAAUUAGAACAAUUUAAAUCUAUUAAUAAUAAUUUACAAUUCGUUUAGUAACUACUCAUGCAAGCAGAAACUACCAAAUAAAUGCUACAAGAAUCCUUAAAAUAGUACAAGUAAUAUUGA